GCCAGCGGAAGCGAACGUCGCUGCACGGAAUCGGAGUCGGAAUUCGAAUCAAAAACGUGGAACCAAGUGAAUAAAUCGUCGGUGUCGUCAAUAAAAAAAAAAAAAAAAGUUGCUCCUCCGUUGUCUUUGUUUUGUCUGCAUUGCUGAGCUGCCUCUUGAGGAGACUUAUAGGUGCAGCUGCGACCAAGUCCAUUUCGUAAUACAUUUGAAUAGUCGUUGUCGUUUUGUGUGUAAAUCAUUUAAAAAGUUUUCCCCACCAGUGCGUCAAGUGUUCCAAAAGUGCAAAUAAAAUAUUUACAAAAUAUGUUUUAAAUGGAAUUUCUAAAAGCUCGCAAAGCUAAGAGCAAAACAUAAACGUUUGAUUAAUUAACAUUUGGAGCCAAUUCACCACAACGAUUUGAGGGAAACCUGUUGCUGUUUGCUGUUGACGAUUGCCAAAGCGGAUAUAGUUGAAAGACAUAAAACUAAAUUCUUCAUAGUAUAAGAUGCUCUAAGGACACUCAAGACAAGCCCCAAUGGCCAUGCAGGAUAUACGCCUACGUCUUGAGCCGCAGCACAGCACAGUUGCCUUCUCCUCCUCGGGUGGCAGCACUUCGACAUCGACAUCUCCAUCGCCGGCGACCGUGGAGACAACGCUCAUUGAGACAGCCGACACAACAACAACAGCAACAACUUUAACUUCUAGCUCGCCCACAGCGAGGCCUCAACUGCUGCCAGAGCUAAGCUUCAGCGAACCAGCAACAACAACACAACAGCAGCAGCAACAGCAACAACAACAGCAUUAUUAUCAUCAUCAUCAUCACCAUCCGCAUUCGCAUUCACAUUCGCAUCCGGCACAACCAAGAGCACAGCCGCGACAUCACGUGGAGCAGCUGCAGCUGCUGCACAGCCACCACACGCAUAGCCACGGACAUGGUGGAGAGCAUCAGCAAUUGCCACGCUCGCCCAGCUCUGAGGAGGACAAUUCACCAACAGAAAUGAAUAAUUGUCGUCGUUUGGUUGAUAAACCACCUCUGGUUAAACGCCUCACCAUGGGCAUUGGUUUGCUGCGGGGCACCGAAGACAGCCGCCCCUUGGUGCACAACACCUGCUCGUCGUCGCUCAAUUCGGGGUCAUCGCAGACCAUAUCCGAUGGCUAUGUGAACGAAGCCAUCUGUGAACCGGACAAAUAUGUGGCAAGCAAAUUUGGAGACUCCUGUCGGCAAUCUUUGACAGCCCUGGAGACGGCCACACAACGUUUGCACGCCGAGCUGCCGAACAGCAAGAAAUAUUUGCGCGAAACCUGCAGUGCCAACUCAAGUCCCAAACUGUUUGCCAAUAAUUCAUCCUUGCGUUUAGACAACCUCAGCCUGGCAGAGCAGCAGGAACUAAAAGGCGCCGCCUGGUAUCAAGCAGGCAUACCACGAGAGAUCUCACUGGAGGUUCUGUCACGUCAAAAUCCAGGUGCAUUUUUGGUGCGGCAGAGCAGCACAAAGCCAGGAUGCUUUGCGCUGUCGUUACGUGUACCGCCGCCAUCGCCACGAGUUGCACACUAUUUGAUACUGCGCACACCGCGUGGUUACAAGAUUAAGGGAUUUACAAAGGAGUUCAGCUCGUUGCGAGCACUGAUAACGCAUCAUUCGGUAAUGCCAGAGUUGCUGCCCAUCCCGUUGACGUUGCCACGCCCCGCACAUGCCAGGGCUCAAGCGCAGGCGGCAUAUGGAAAUGGCGGCGGUGACUUUGAGAUGUACGGCUCGCUGAAUGACUUUCGGAAAAUGAUGGCCGAUUUGAAUGUGUGACCGUUAGGCGCAUCUAAUUAAUUAAGUAAUUAUGUGACGUUGAUUGAAUUAAGCUUCGCCCGGCUGAACACACAUUGUUCCGACCUGUUGUGAGACCCACAAAAUGCCCGCCUGUCUGGGCAGGAUAACAAUCUGUUUAAUUUGCUUAAUUGGCUGUGCUGACGGUUGACGUGGCUACCAACGCUGAUGCCUCCCAAAAAAGAACCCCCAACAAAAAAAAAGAAACAACAACAAAAAGAGUUAAAAACCAUUUUUAUGAAAAUUGAUAAUCAAAGCAGGAGUCAACAUACACAUGUAUGAGUGUGCAGCCCUGGGGGCAGCAGCACCUGCGGGGCUUACACACACACACUCACAAACAAUGAGGCACAAAAAAUAACGAACUCAAUGAUGAUUUUUUUGCAUCUGAAAUGAAUAUGUAAACGGACAUUGCAAUUAUUUUUGGAAUAUUUUUUCUUAUUUUUUGUUUUGCAUUUUAAUUUGCACUGAGUGGCAGGUGCUAUACACUUCUGAUUGAAGGCAACGGGAUUUUAAAUGUUAAUGCCAAUGGGCGAAUAUCGGGGGAGUCUUUUGUAAAAUGUUUUAGCAGCCACCAGGGUUUAGUUAGUAAAAAAUUAAAAAAUACCCCCCCACACACACACUUAGUUUUAGCUGAAUUUAUUAUUAUGAAUGUAUUCAAUACAAUAAUGCGACAAUUAUUAUGAAAAUGCAGACAAAACAAUUAAAUGUGGUGUAAUAUUAAACAAUUAAGUAGCUAGGUUCAUACAAAAAAUUAUGUUUACUGUAUGUAAUUUGUGUAAUAAAAAAUAUUUAAA